AUGACUUUAUCAUUUUCUCUUAUUCUAAGGCCAGUCCGAGGGCCAUCAACUUCAAGAUUCCAGAAUCCGUAUGUAAUAUGUCUUAUUGUCAUCGCAGGGGUGAUAAUUCUGGCAGUUACCAUAGCUUUACUUAUUCACUUUUUAGCUUUUGAUCAAAAAGCUUACUUUUACCGUAGCACCUUUCAAAUCCUAAAUGUUAAAUAUAGCAAUCAGUUAGAUUCACCAGCCACUCAGGAAUACAGGUCUUUGAGUGAAAAAAUUGAAUCUAUGAUUACUAAAGCAUUCAAAGAGUCAAAUUUGAGGAAUCAAUUUGUCAGAGCUCAUGUUGUCAAAAUAAGGCAAGAUGGUAAUGGUGUGAGAGCAGAUGUUGUCAUGAAAUUUCGAUUCACUAGAAAUUACAAUGGAGCAACAAUGAAAAGCAGAAUUGAGUCUGUUCUACACCAAAUGCUGAACAACUCUGGAAACUUGGAAAUAAACCAUUCAACUGAGAUAACAUCAAUUACUGACCAGGAUACAGUAAAUAUUUUCACUAAUGCAUGUGGGGUCCGUCCAGACCUAAUGACAUUGUCAGAGGAGAGAAUCAUUGGAGGCACUAAGGCUGAAGAAGGAGACUGGCCAUGGCAAGUCAGUCUACAAGUCAAUAAUGUCCACCACUGCGGAGGCAUCUUGAUCAGUGAAGUGUGGAUCCUGACUGCAGCUCACUGCUUCAGAAGCUACCCUGAGCCUUAUCAAUGGACUGUCAACUUUGGUAUUUCCACAUUAUUGCCUAAGCUGAGAGUAAGAGUAAGGACUAUUUCAGUCCAUAACAAUUAUAAUCCUAUAACUCAUGAAAAUGAUAUUGCAGCUGUGUAUCUUAACCAAAGGGUCACCUUUACCAAAAAUAUUCAUACGGUGUGUCUCCCAGAGGCUACCCAGAAUAUUCCACCUGGUUCUACUGCUUAUGUAACAGGAUGGGGAUCUCGAAGAUACAUUGGCAACGCAGUUACAGAACUGGAGCAAGGACGAGUCAAAAUAAUAAGUAAUGAAGAAUGCAAUGGUCCAGCUAGUUAUAAUGGAGCCGUAUUUUCUGGAAUGCUGUGUGCUGGAUUACCUCAAGGUGGAGUGGAUGCAUGCCAGGGUGACUCUGGUGGCCCACUAGUACAAGAGGACUCACGACGGAUUUGGUUCCUCGUAGGGAUAGUGAGCUGGGGCUAUAGGUGUGGCCUGCCAGAUAAGCCGGGAGUAUACACCAGAGUGACAACCUACCGGAACUGGAUUACUGAGAAAACUGGGAUCUAG